CGAGUGUUAAGUGCAUGCAACGCCGUUCUCUGCCGGGUGGAAUUUCAAUUGUCAAAAUUCAUACAUUACAUACGGAAGAUCAAAGGUUCAAAAAUGAUAAAGAAAUCGUCAAAUUCUCCGUCUCGUCAGUCGUCACUUAAAAAAAAUCUCUUUAGUUGCCUGUUUCUUCCACACUAAGGUACUGUCGAUCUUCAUUAGGAGUUAGGAGUUAUAUCUGUUUUGUUCGUCUGAUGCCAGUUCCUCAUGAUUCUCUCCACCUUUUGUCCUCGAUUAUGAUCGUAAUUGAUUCGUAUUUCUUUCAACUCCCAAAUCCAUAUCGAAAACCCUAGUUUAGUUUCUUUCUUUUCCUACCUGGACUCACUUCUACGUUUCUAGCUUCAUCGGGAAAGUAAACUCCAUACUCAUUCUCUUCAGGCUUAACUUGAUCUGAAGAUGAGUGGAAAACCAAGUCUUUUUCUCGCUGUUUCUUUUAUUCUCUGUGUCUCUUGUUUGGGUAGAUUUGUAGUCGAGAAGAACAGCUUGAAGGUAACUUCCCCAGCUUCCAUAAAGGGCGUUCAUGAAUGUGCGAUUGGGAAUUUUGGGGUUCCUGAAUAUGGAGGCACCAUGACUGGCAUCGUGCAUUAUCCUAAAGCCAAUCAGAAGGCAUGCAAAAGCUUCGAUGAUGUCGGUAUCUCUUUCAAGUCCAAACCUGGAAGUCUUCCUACCUUUAUUCUUGCCGAUCGAGGAGAUUGUUAUUUCACCCUGAAGGCGUGGAAUGCACAAAAUGGUGGAGCUGCAGCGAUUCUUGUUGCAGAUGAUAGACUUGAACCAUUAAUUACCAUGGACUCUCCAGAAGAAGAGAAAGCAGAUGCUGAUUACCUUACGGACAUUACCAUCCCUUCUGCCCUUAUUAGCAAGAGGUUGGGGGAUGACAUCAAGAAAGCUCUAUCUAGUGGAGAAAUGGUUAAUAUAAAUCUUGAUUGGACAGAAGCUCUUCCACAUCCAGAUGAUCGUGUUGAGUAUGAAUUUUGGACAAAUAGCAAUGAUGAGUGUGGGCCAAAGUGUGAUAGUCAGAUUGAGUUUGUAAAGAACUUCAAAGGAGCUGCUCAGAUGCUUGAGCAGAAAGGGUACACUCAAUUUACUCCCCAUUAUAUAACUUGGUAUUGCCCAGAUGCUUUUAUUUUGAGUAAGCAAUGCAAAUCUCAAUGCAUCAAUCAUGGGAGAUAUUGUGCACCGGAUCCUGAACAGGAUUUCAGUAAAGGAUAUGAUGGAAAUGAUGUGGUAGUUCAAAAUCUACGGCAAAUUUGUUUCUUUAAAGUUGCAAAUGAAACUGGGAAACCUUGGCUUUGGUGGGACUAUGUCACUGACUUUUCAAUUCGUUGUCCCAUGAAAGAAAAGAAGUACAACGAGGAAUGUGCCAAUGAAGUUAUUAAAUCCUUGGGAAUGGAUCUUAACAAGAUAAAAGACUGUGUCGGAGAUCCAGAAGCAGAUGUGGAGAACUCAAUUCUUAAAGCUGAACAGGAUGUACAGGUGGGUAGGGGCUCCCGUGGAGAUGUUACCAUAUUGCCUACUCUUGUCAUAAAUAACAGACAAUAUAGAGGCAAGCUGGAUAAAAGAGCAGUUCUGAAGGCCAUUUGUUCUGGCUUUGAGGAGACGACAGAGCCUGCAAUUUGUUUAACUGAAGAUGUGGAAACAAAUGAGUGUUUGACAAAUAAUGGUGGUUGCUGGCAUGAUAAGGAUGCAAAUAUUUCUGCAUGCAGGGAUACAUUUCGGGGAAGAGUUUGUGAAUGUCCUACUGUUCGAGGCGUGAAGUUUCUUGGUGAUGGCUAUACUCAUUGUAAAGCUUCAGGAUCUUUACGCUGUGAAAUCAAUAAUGGGGGUUGUUGGAAGGGCACCCAAAAUGGCAGAACUUACUCUGCAUGUUCUGAUGACGAUGACCAUACAAAGGGCUGCAGGUGUCCUCCGGGAUUUAAAGGUGAUGGAGUCCACAAGUGCGAAGAUGUGGAUGAGUGCAAGGAGAAGCUAGCAUGCCAGUGCCCAGAGUGCAAAUGUCACAAUACAUGGGGUAGCUAUGAGUGCAGUUGCAGAAAUGGUUUAUUGUAUAUGCAUGAACAUGAUACAUGUAUAGGUAACAUUGGGAACACUGUGACUAGCUGGAGCGUUGUAAAGAUUGUUAUCCUUGUGUUGGCGAUCACCGGUAUUGGGGGAUAUGCAGUUUACAAGUACAGAAUCCGGAGGUAUAUGGAUUCGGAGAUACGGGCUAUCAUGGCUCAAUAUAUGCCCUUGGACAAUCAAGGAGAGAUUCCUAAUCGCGUAGCCCGUGGAGGCAUAUGAAUGAUAUAAUGGUGACUUCAUUGGAAGAUUCAGCUUUUGGACAAUUGUGGAGCUGACUGCUUCAUGAAACGUGAGGUUCGAAGAUGACGAUAUGUAUGUUAGGUUGAUGCAGAGCAGGUGGGUGGGUUGGUUGGUUGUAAAUUAUAUGUAGUAGCCAAGCUAGCUGAGGUUUAUAGUUCUGUUGCCAUAUGGGAAAUAUUGGGGUUUUUAUGUGUCCUUUUUCUUCCCAUCCACUUGUGAAAACAAACAUCUAUAGUCUGGAAACCAGAGCCUGGAUUUGGAAUGUAUAUUUAUUUAUGCGUCAGUUUUGAGUUUUGAGGGUCCAAAUGGGGACAGGCUUGAGGAUUGAGGCCCUCUUUCUUAAUAAGGAGCUCAGCUGGAUGCCAA